AUGGCGACCAAAUCCCUAAUCUUCUUAACCCUAAUUUCCCUCUUCCAUCUCUCCACCUCCACCUCCGCCCCCACAAACACCGUUCUUGACGACGCCGUCAUCAUCCUCUCCGAUUCCGGCUUCAACUCUAUGGCGCUCACUCUCGAAUUCGGCGCAAGAACCAUAGUGCCGCCACCCUUGCCUGAUUCCCUCACAAUCUUUUGCCCCUCCGACGCCGUUUUCACUUACUCCGGCCAACCCUCUCUUAAUCUUCUCCGGUUCCACUUAUCUCCGUUCUCCAUUUCUUUCAACUCACUCAAAUCUUUACCCUACGGUUCCAAGAUUCCAUCGUUUUGGGCUAAUCACUCGCUCGUCGUCACUUCCAACAGUAACACCGUAGACGAAGUUGAAGUUAACGGCGUCAAAAUUAACGGGUUUUCCGCUUAUGAUGACGGGUCGUUGGUCAUUUUCGGAAUUGACAAGUUUCUUGAUCCGAAUUUUCAGAUUCUUCCCUCUAUUACACCACCGUCGCCUCCUCCGCCGUCAUCUCCACCGCCGCCUUUAUCAUCACCGCCUUAUCAUCAUAUUCUCAACUGUUCUAAUCUUGAUAUAGACGACGACGGUCAUAUUGAUAGCAAACACUCAUUGCAAGAAGCGAGUGAAGCUUUGAGGUCAAGAGGGUACUUUUUGAUGGCUUCAUUUCUUGAUUUGCAGUUGACUUCAGAGUUUAGAGAUGACAUAAGGUUGACUAUUCUUGCUCCGACUGAUGAAUCUUUAAAGGGUAUUCUUGGUAGUAAUAUCAGUGAGUUUAAGUCAAUUUUUCUUAGACAUUUCUUGGUCUGCAAAGUUCCGUUGGCCGAUCUCGGUCGAGUCGGGGCACGGUUUCAUACGUUCUUGGAUGGAUUCAUGGUUAAUGUCAAGACUGAUGAGGGUAAUAAUGUGACUGUGAAUGGAGUUGAGGUUAAAGAUUCUGAGAUUUAUGAAAAUGAUUGGCUUGUUGUUCUUGGGCUUGAUGGGAGUUUGUUUGCUGAAGAGAUUCCUCAAGAAAAUCCAGAUGUUCCAUCUGAUGGUCCAAGAACUAAUUGUGCUUAUGCUUUUAAUGAUUGCCGAUUCUGCACAAUCUUCUGCUCUCUGGUAAUCCUCAUUUUGAUCAACUUUGAUAAUGUUAUGGGCUGGAUGUUAUGUGUUAUCCUGGUUGUUUAUUCUCGUUGCGCGACUACGACGGACAUGCCUGACGAUAAAUCUUCUAAGAAAUGAUGAAGGUUCAUGCUGUUUAGUUCAAACAAAUCGUUUUUGUGUGAUUUUGGAGUUUCAGUAGUUUUGAUGUAAAUGGCAGUCUGUUGCUAAUUGAAUUGCUGGUGUGGUAAUACCCAAAUUCGGGUUUGAUUCUUGCAAUUUUGCUAUUGAUAAUUGAUAUAGUGAUUUUUUCCAUCAA